AUGGCCAAGCUCAACGCUCUCCCGCAAGGCUCUACGGUGCUCGUCACUGGUGCCAACGGCUACAUCGGCUCUCACAUCGCCAACACCAUCCUCGAACAGGGCUACCGCGUCCGCGGCACCGUUCGCUCCCCCAAGCCGUGGCUCGACGAGCUCUUCCAGAGCAAAUACGGCAAGGACAAGUACGAGUCCAUCACCCUCUCCAACUUCGAGGAUGAGGAGGCCCUCGCCAAGGCUUUCGACGGCGUCUCCGCCGUUGCUCAUGUCGCAUCUGAUGUGAGCUUCAGCAAAGACCCCAACGCAGUCAUCCCCUGGGUCGUCAGGGCCACCGAGACCGUUCUCGCAGCCGCAGCCAAGUUCCCCGCUAUCAAGCGCGUCGUCCUCACCUCGUCUUCCUCGGCAGUGAUCAUCCCGGAGACUAACAAGGCUGGUGUCCGCGUCGAUGAGAACACUUGGAACGACUCUGCCGUCAAGUCAGCCUGGGACCCCAAUCUCAGCAAGCCAUUUUAUAUCUACGCCGCCUCCAAGACCGAGGGCGAGCGGGCGGCGUGGAAGUGGGUAGAGAAGAAUAAGCCCGGCUACGUCUUCAGCACUGUCCUGCCCAACUGCAAUUGGGGCGAGAUCCUCCACCCCGAGAUCUACGGCUCGACAAUGGGCUGGGUCCGCGACAUCUUGAAGGGCGACCACGAGGCCUUUUCGCUGUAUGUCCCGCAGUACUUCGUCGACGUCGUCGACACGGCUCGCCUUCAUGCCAUCGCGCUCCUCGGCGACGACAUCGAGUCGCAGAGGAUAUUCGGCUUCGCGGAGGAGGUGAACAGGUCCGACGUCUUCAAGACGCUGCGUGAACUGAGACCGGAUAAUGAGAACAUCCCGGAGCCGGACGAGAACGAGGGGCACGAUCUGACGGAGGUCGUGCCGGCGAAGAAGGCGGAGCAGCUGUUGAAGGAUUAUUACGGACGGGGGUGGACUGGGUACAAGGAGAGUUUGGAAGCUGGAAUCAGGGGGGUCUAG